CCAGUAGCUUGCAUGGGGAUAUAGGGGUCUGGAGAAACCUUGUUGCGCCCCUGUAACUGUACGUGAUCUACUUCAGCUGCUGGGAGGACUGUGUGUCUACAUCCAUGUCUCACCAAUGCUGCCUCGUGUCUCCAGAGGGAGCCGCAUUCUUUACCGACUACGCUUUUGGUUACUAAAUGGUUUUCUUGGGGAGGAUUUCUAACCGGCGAGAUGCUGCUCGUACUCGUGCUGGUAGCCUUUUCUUCCUCCAUCUCUGGCUCCCUCUCCUCCUCCCUCUCCUCCCCCUAUGCGUCGGACGGACCCCAGAUGGCAGACCCGUCCGCCUCAGAUUUGAUGGCCGAGACCUGCAGCGCCUGCUCUUGCAUGUCUGUGGAGAACGUGCUGUACGUCAACUGCGAGAAGGUCACUGUCUACCGGCCCACGCAGCUCUUCCCGCCGCCCUCCUCCCUGUACCAUCUGAACUUCCAGAACAACUUCUUGAUCAUACUCUACCCAAACUCGUUCCUUAACUUCACCCACGCUGUGUCACUGCAGCUGGGGAACAAUAAACUACAGAACAUUGAGGGCGGAGCGUUCAUGGGGAUGAGUGCGUUGAAACAGCUGCACCUGAACAACAACGAGUUAAAGGUGCUGCGAGCAGACACUUUCCAGGGGAUAGAAAACUUGGAAUACCUUCAGGCCGACUACAACUUAAUCAAAUACAUUGAAAAGGGAGCGUUCAACAAACUGCACAGGCUUAAAGUGCUCAUUCUGAACGAUAAUCUAAUACAGGCACUCCCUGACAACAUAUUUCGCUUUGCGUCACUCACACACCUGGAUAUAAGGGGGAACAGGAUUCAGAAGCUUCCGUAUUUGGGGGUUCUGGAGCAUAUUGGGCGUAUUGUAGAGCUGCAGCUAGAUGACAAUCCUUGGAACUGUACCUGUGAUUUAGCACCUCUCAAGGCAUGGCUUGAAAACAUGCCCUAUAACAUUUUUAUCGGCGAGGCCAUAUGUGAAACACCAAGUGACUUGUACGGUCGGCUCCUGAAAGAAACCAACAAACAGGAGCUUUGUCCAAUGGGCACUGGAAGUGACUUCGAUGUCAGGAUGCCUCCACCCGAUAAUGGGCAGUCGCCCUCCAAAACGUCCCCAACCACUGUGGCUCCCCUGGCCACCAAAGCUCAAAAAAGCACCGAUUCAUCAAAGAUUUACGGUAAUGGUAUUGUGGCCGGUUUACCCCCUUUUGGAAGAAAUAGCCAGAUUGUAUCCUUUCAGACACGGACCCCUCCAUUGUUGUGUCCGCAGCCCUGCAGCUGUAAAGCCCACCCAUCUGACUUUGGCAUCAGCGUUAGCUGUCAGGAAAGGAAUAUUAAAAGUUUAGGUGAUCUCCUUCCCAAACCCCCAAAUGCCAAGAAACUUCACCUGAGUGGAAAUUACAUCCGUGACAUAAACCCGUCUGAUUUCCAAGGGUUUGAGGGCUUAGAUUUGUUACAUCUAGGCAGCAAUCAAAUUGUUAUAGUCCAGAAAAGUGUGUUCUCGAACCUCACUAAUCUGAGGAGACUUUAUUUGAACGGAAACCAGCUUGAGCAGUUACACCCAGAGAUGUUUUUGGGCCUCACAAACUUACAGUACCUAUAUCUGGAAUACAAUGCCAUAAAAGAAAUCUUAGCAGGUACAUUUGACUCAAUGCCGAACCUCCAACUCCUGUAUCUCAACAACAACGUCCUGCGAAGUCUCCCUGCCUACGUGUUUUCAGGUGUCUCCUUAGCCAGACUGAAUCUGAAAAACAACCACUUCAUGACCCUACCAGUGAGUGGUGUCUUGGACCAGCUGCGAUCACUGACCCAGAUAGACCUGGAAGGGAACCCAUGGGAGUGUUCCUGCGAUCUUGUCGCUCUCAAACUCUGGCUAGAGAAGCUAAAUGAUGGAGUGGCUGCCAAAGAGGUAAAAUGUGCCUCCCCCAUGCAGUUCUCAAACAUUGAGCUGCGCAUUUUAAAAAAUGAAAUCCUGUGUCCCAAGCUUGUGGCGAGACAGCCAUUUAUUCUCACCGCCGCCACCCCGGUUUUGACAUCGUUGUCGCCCGGCGGAGUUGGCAAAGCACCACCAGGGGGGCCUGUCCCUCUGUCCAUCAUGAUACUCAGCAUCCUCGUGGUGCUUAUCCUCACUGUGUUCGUGGCCUUCUGCCUUCUCAUCUUUGUCCUGAGGCGGAAUAAAAAACCUGUGGGCAGGCAGGAGGGGCUCGGCAAUCAGGAGUGCCCCUCAAUGUCACUGCAGCUCCGCAGACACAAUCACAAAUCUGGGAAAAAGGGCUCCAUCCCGGGAGAUGACCUGGGAGGCGAGACGUUCAUCCCGCAGACCAUCGAGCACAUUGGCAAGAGCCACACAUGUGGAAUGGGACGCUCCUCGGAUAUGGAUGCCGGGUUCAAGUUUGCGGACUCGCAGAGGCAGAAGAUCAUCCUGCGGAACAGCGCAGACAAGGACAAGGACUCGCUCUCCACUCUGGAGCGCAACAAACGCCUCAGCACCAUUGAUGAGCUGGAGGAGUUCCUCCCCCACCGGGAGCCCAGCAUGUUCAUCCAGAACUUCCUGGACAGCAAGAGAGACUUCAACAGUAUAGGAAUGGGCGGCUACGAGAUCCGCUACCCGGAUAAAACGCUGGAUAAAAAGAUGAAGAAGUCGUCUCUGAUAGGCGGUAACCACAGUAAGAUUGUGGUGGAGCAGAGGAAAAGUGAGUAUUAUGAGCUUAGGGCCAAGCUCCAAGGAACGCCUGAUUACCUGCAGGUGCUCGAGGAGCAGACUGCACUGAGUAAAAUGUAGGGAUUGUUCUUGAGUUUAGUGCAUUGAUGACACACACACACACACACACACAUGCUGAAGGAAGUUAUACAUUCAUUCAAGGCAGACAGACAGCCAAACAAAUCUGCCUUUUUUCUGGUUCGUUCUCCCUCUCUGCCCACACACACGCACGCCUUUCAACUACCCAGAUCGCUCGCUUUUGUCUUCAUCUCCUCUGCAGCAACACAUCCGCACUCACACACACGCACACACCCAGAGAAAAAGUGCCUUCUGGAAAUCCUUAAUGACCAAUGCAGAGAUGGACAAAAUGGCUUCACACUGCAAAAGCUAUUACUAGAAUCAGGGUGGAUCUAUUUCACAGUAAAAGACCUUUCGGAUUAUCCAUGCCACCACAUGUAUGACUCCCACAUACAUAUACCACAGGACACCCUAAUAAGCGGACAGACAGUAAUAAUAUAUAUAUAUAUUUUUUGUUGCUGCUAUUGAAAUGGGUACUUGUUUUACUGUUUUUGUUCUUCUUGUUUCUUUUUUCUCUUCCUUUUGUUUUUUCCAACCAAAUCAAAAGGUUCUUGAAAACAGUGCUCAAGAAAAUACCUUGCAGUCUUUAACCCAUUCGUUUAGAGAAAAAGAGAGAAAACACAGGGAGCACUUUGGUUGUUGUUCCCAAAUCACCUCUCCUAGGAUGAGGUUAACGGAAUCGGUGACUCAAUGGAUGGAUUUUUAUUUGUUGAUUUUUUUUGCUUUGUUCUUGGGGAUGCCCUUUGGAGUCUAAGGCAGAAUCUGCCACCUUGUCUGGAUCAAACACUAGUAGCUGUACACCUGCUCUUUGCCGGGAGGCUCAAACGGCUCCCUUUUCGGCGUCACUAAACUAAACUUUUUUUGUUGAAAGAAUAAUUUCAUCACUUGUUCUCUUUGUGUAAGCAGCCAUGUUUAAUAUAGUGUCUUCUGAAUGGAGUUGUGUUUCUCUUCAAAGUUGCUAGUUACAGUUCCUGUAUGUUUUGGCACACACACUGUCCGAAAAAUGAUUAAAAACCCGGGACGAAAAAAGAAAAAUGAUGAUUACAAAGCUGCUUGCUAUGUAAGCGUAACCUGGAAUUUAUUUUGUAAGUCUUACAUUAUUUGUAUCUGUGGGACUGGUUUGUAAAUUACAAGGAAGGACAAAUACACACACAGACACACAGUGUACAACGGCGCAUCAUCAUCAAGAGACUACGAGUCAGAAUUGUCUAAACUAUAAUUCAACCCGUGAUCCACCCCCCCCCCCCUGUCAGCUCCCAAUUCGUAGUGAAAGAAUUUAACAACAUAGUUAAUUUAUUUUUCUAUGCAGAAAUUAUUUAAAGAGUUAUCGGUAUUGAGAGUGGAAAGGACUUGACAGAGGGAUGCAGCAGAGCUAAUUCAGGCCCGCCGAAGUGACUGUUGAGUCGAUUCAAGGGUUCUUGUUUCUCCCAGUUCGCUGGAGAACUCAACCCCACAAGACGAGGGUUGUGAAAUGUGAUAUGUGAUGUUUCCUUUUCAUUGUGUCGCACGACAAGCCGAGGCCUGAUAGAAGUCUGUGAAGUCUCAAGCCGUUUCCUUAUUCUUAUAUCUCCCACUUGUAAAAGGUUUCUUAUUAACAUUAUGCAACCAAAAUAAAUGUGCAUUAAUCUUGAUUAUGGUUCUAAAAUGGUUGGAAUUGUGAAUGAGAACAAGGAAGGUAACGAUUUGAAGUUCUAAAUUGUUUUGAUCCGGGCAGAAUCAUAUCAUGAAACACCACGUGCAAUAUUAGUAAGAAAAAAAGAAAAGGCAAAAAAAAAAUGCUCGGUCAUCAUGGCUUCAAACUUUUUCUUUAAUUUAUUUAGUUUUGAGGAUAUAUUGUCAAGACAGGUUCUAUUUGGAAAUUAUUUUAUCGACUUAACUCUAUCCGAUCCUUAUUUAAAAAGUAUUGUUACGUUGAAAUUCUGUGUUUAUUGACAUUACAGUUGAAUAGAAUGUAUCUUGAAAAGUAUAAAAUACAAUUUUCUAUUGGUCAUAAAUCUCCUGUAUAUUGGUUAAUUUUCUCUUGUAUAAUCAUGUUGAACUUAAGGUAUUAAAAUCAGCACCUAUUUGCA